GCACUGCGGUCGUACAUAUGUUGUCUUUGUAGGGUCAGUAAUGGCGGCCAACAGCGAAAUGGAAACAGACGAUCACAAUCACCUUCCUCCCUCAACAGGGCUACGCAGAUCCAACUCUGCACCUAACAUUAGCGCUGCUGCAAUCAACGAUAGCCUGAAAACAUUCACGCUGAAUCCGCAGCCCAGACAACGAAGGUUUUCCGUAAAUUCGUCCAACCAAAAUCAGACAAGCGCGAAGCCCGUAGCUGUCGGAUCACCCGUUUCUCGAGUAUAUCAGCUAAUAAGGGAUGAAAGCGUAGAUGACGUACGCCAUGAGAAUGAUUUUUUGUCGUCUUCCCGAUUGAUAACUGACUUGGAUGAGAAUAUGAGUCUAGCGGGCCACGAGAGACACACCCAUGACACGCCCAUGCAUGAGAGACGGGACUCUUUUGAAGGUCCCGACAUGUUCCCUUCACCGGCACCUUCAUCACCAUCUCCUACAAGGUUUUCUAGACAAAUCCCAAGAAGUGCUCGAAGCUUGACGCCCAGCCCUAUUCCCAGUCCAACAAGGCCAACAGUCACACUGAGAAGAAGUAUAAGUCCUGUGUGUCUAAGACCAAGUAGUCUUCCUCCUUCUCUCAAGCGUAAGUGUCCGACACAUGGCUUUGAACUUGGUGUGAGCCCAUCCAAGCGAGUGUGUGAUUCUUCGUCACAAAGCACCUCUCCAGAAGCUCCCUGUGAGACUGCUCAUUUAGAUUUUGACAACAUCAACAGCAUUCAAAUGGAUACAAAGUACUCGUUAGCACUAACAAACACUUCCUCAACUACUCUAUUAUCAAGCCCUAUGCUGUUUGGAGAACCUUCAAGAAUAAACUUUCCUAGCUACAGAUCACGAUUUACUCCUCCGCGCUCUCCGCUGGCCGGUCCAGUCACAUCUCAUUCAGUUCACACAGAGGCAUCUGUUUCAAUAGGCAAUACUCCUGCAUGCUUCACCUUUGCACCUGUGAGGGAAUGAUGACAAUCAUAAAAAAUGUAUAUUUUUCUAUAAAGUUCAAGCAUUGUUUUCAUGUACAGAAACCUUCCUUUGAAAGGAGAGAAGGAUACUAGGUAAUUAUAUUAAUAAGCAAUAUACAUAGUGUUAGCAAUAAGUAUAAUAGCCUACUCUAUUGAUGUCUUGAGACUUUAAUCAAGAUACCAAUAGAGGAAGCUUUGUUUUCGUUAUCCAUAAAUAGCAUUCUAUGGCCCUCAUUUCAAGCUAUCACAUGCUGGCAAAGUUGUCAAAAUUUAGGAUAUAGUUUUAGCUAUGGUAGCUACCAUAAUGGUUUGGAAUAGAAUGUCUAAUAUCUCUAGAAACUAUUGACAAAAAACCUUGCAUCAUAACGUAAAAUGGCGUACAAACAUCAAAACAUUUCUGGAGUAGCUGUUUAUACUGGCUUUAGAGACUAUAAAUUGGAGAGUGAAAAACUUUAAGUGUUUUUUGGUAGUGUGAGCAGAAUGAGAAAAAUCCCUUCAAAAAUGGAAAAUGGGUUUGGGGGUCGAAUGUUACUGGCUACUAAGGUCAUACAUAUAUUGGGUUAAAGAAGAGAAUGGCUGUGUUAUAAAUUUCACUUAUAUAUAACUCCGCUUAAUCUUCUACAUAUUUUAUUUGUCCUUGUCUAGAAAGAAUAGCAUUUUGUUGAAGGAAUAUAAUUUUCCUACCCAGAAAGCAAAAAGAAAGUAGAGUUAAAGAAGCGCCCUGUACCUUACAUCUUCUAACCAAAAGAAGAAUUGUACAAGUCAUACAAUCAUAUCAUUCAGAUCGUUGGCCAGUUUGAUUAAGUGUCACCCCAUGUUUUAGGAGGAGUAUGAAGUAGAGAUCGAGGUAUAUAUUAUUAUAAUGGCUUGUAAUAAUAGAAUUAGAGUUAUUGUAAAGUUGUACAGUAGUGAAGCAGGUAGAUUCUCUGUCAGUCUGUUGAUGUAUAUAAUAAUUAUUUUACUUCAAAACAUUUGAGCCAAGUAAAUGUCUGAAUAUAGCAUA